AUGAAGAAGAAGAACAAGAAGAAGAAGGGGGAGAAGAAGAAGAAGGUGGAGAAGAAGAAGAAGAAGAAGAAGGACGAGAUGAAGAAGAAGACAGAGAAGAAGAAGAAGAAGAAGAAGAUGAGGAAAAAUUGGAAGAGGUGGAAAAAGAUGAAUAGGGCGGAGAAGACGAAGAAGAUGAAGAAGAAGAUAAAAAAGAAGAAGAAGAAGGGGGAGUUCAAGAAGAAAAAAAAGGAGGAGAAGAAUGAGAAUGGGGAAAGUAGAAGAAAAUAA